AAGCAAUGCUGAACACUAAGUAUGAACACCCCAGUACCUGCAGUCAAGAGGAGAGCAUGUGUAGCAUGCACCGCUGCCAAGGCAAAAUGUACCCCGCAUGGAAUCAAUCUCUGCCAGCGCUGCGCGCGGUUGGGCAAGUCAUGCACAUACCUUGAUCUCCCGCAGACGAAGCGGAAGCACAGGGCUGCUCCAAGGUAUCCACUGUUUGCAAUCCCUGCAUCACACCUGUGAAUAUCAUUAAUGGGUGCAGUCGGGUGGAAGUGCUUGAGAAAAAAGUUGACCAGCUGAUGUCGCAGCUGGCUGCUAUGGCUCAGCAGCAGACCGGUCAGACAUCGCCCCAUACCGCCAAUACCUCCAAUCCGCCCCUCACCGAGGUGAGCUCGUCGCACGAUCCCGAGCUAGAUUCGACAGAGACAGACAUUGAGGCGCUGCUAGAUGCGGCGAACGAUCCGUCUCAUGGAGUCUAUCCACCGACCCACUCUGCCUUGGAGGGCCAGCCGUCGAUCGUCGAUCGAGGGCUUGUCUCCGAGGCCGAGGCUGAACGCUUACUUGCGACCUUCCAGCGUCAGCUAGUGCCGAAAUUCCCCUUUGUGAUGCUUGCGCACGGCGAGACAGCCGCUCGUCUCCGAGUUCGAGAACCCUUUCUCUUCCUGUGUGUUGUGGCUGCGACCAUAGGCAGUGCGCAUGCAUUGUGCAAGACCGUUGCUGAGGAGAUUAUGAAGCAUGUUACCGUGAGGUUCGUGACACGGUCUGAGAGGAAUCUCGAGUUACUCCGCGGGCUGUUAGUGCACAGCGCAUGGUACUCGUAUCCUGCAGAGAGAUAUCAUCCGCGACUUCUGCUACUGGUUCAAUUCUGCAUCUCUACUUUGUAUGACCUGGGACUGCACAAGAAGCCUUGUCUAAGUCCUGAUGAGCAGCGUGCGCUGCUAGGUACGUAUUGGUUAUCGGUCGGUGUCUGUGGCACCCUCAACCGGCCACAUACCUUGAAGCAUGAUGGCCGAACCGAUGACUGCCUGGACAGUGUGGCAUCGACACGACAUGCAUCAGAUCGGUGGAUUGCGCCAUUCAUCCAGCUCGCGUCUUUCCUGGCAACCAUAGAUGAGGUUUACGCUUCGAUACAGGCAAGUGAAGGGAGGAUGCUCGUCCAAGUGACGCGCGGCUCUCUGCGGCGACAGUUCAACAGUGUGAAGGCAAGGAUAGAAGAAAAACUUCCGAGCUACCCUGCAUCGACAUCGAUUGCAAUCCGCACCGAAAUACAGUUCGCAGAGCUGCGGCUCGAGCAACUCUCUCUCCGAGAGGAGCUGUGGCUUGCAGAGCCUGCCAACGCAGUCAGGCUAACCAUGCUGAUGGACAUAAUCCAGCGAAGCAAGGAGCUUAUCCGCACAAUCAGUAGCCUACCCGCGUCGGAAAUUGCCGUACUGACGAUAACCACCAGUGCCCACAUUUGUGCGGCCGUGGGCUACCUGCCCACCGCAGUACUGGCUCUUCUCCGUCUCAUCUCCCAUGGCCCCGCCGAUCCUGCCAUCGAAGCGCAGAUACAGGCCGUCGUCGAUGCAGCAGAGUAUCCUAGCGUUGUCACGGAGCUCGCGAACGCGUUGGAGACAAGACUGGGGUACAUGUCUGCUGCGGAAAAAGAGGCGGAUAUUCUGGGAAGUCUUUGCUCGAAGAUGCGGCUGCUGGCGCGGUGCUAUCCGUACCAGAUCAGAGCAAUUGUCGGGGCUGUGCUGUCUCAAACCACUAGUCAAGGGGCGGCGUCCGUGGCGGCGGGUCACGCGAAUGCGGCUAUAACGACACCGCAGGUUUGGCCGUCGAUCUAUGGUGACUUGGACGGCAUGUUUCCUGUUGACGAUACCCAGUGGGAAUCUCUGUUGAGCAGUUUUACCGCUUUCGGCUAGCAGUUGACGCUUCAGAGCGUUGACGGUCAGGAGUCAGAAAGUCAGCUCGACGGGAUGGCAAUGCAUAUCGAAGGCCGCCCUCAAACUAGCAGCAAGCGGGCGACUCGCCAGUGAAGGAACCCACAGUACUACCGGUGAAGCCGGCUGCAAUGCACUUGGUCUCCAAAGAACUAGCCUUAUCGGGAAUCAAGACCUCCAUUGGAUUCUAACUUGCCGCGUCACCUUCUCAUUAUUCCGACGUGAUCUGUACAGUUCUGAGAGCGAGAUAGUUUAGUCCACUCACUGUCGGACAACAUCUGCUUAGAAAGUAAUCCUCACGAGAAUCUUGUCUACAGAGAUGUAUAAUCUGCAAAUCUUGGAUCAGCGCUAUGGAAUGAAUCUCAACUUUUGU